AUGAUGUUCUGUUUCGGAUUCCUCUUGUUGUCCUCCUGCAGGGCUAUUGCACACUAUCCACUUUUUUUGAAAAACACUACUCAAGAGCAGUGUUUUACGGAUUCAAGUAAAUUUGUGAACAUAAUGGCGCGCGCUUUCUUAUUGGGAUAUGCGGAAGAAGAACGUAGACGUAAUGUUCUACGAAUUGAAAGACGCCGUCUGCGUGACGCUAGUGAUCCAUUGCAGUUGCCAGAGAGAGAGUUCAUUGGACAUUUUCGUUUAACAAAACUUGGAUUCCAACAGGUUUUGGUGGAACUUAGUCCUCGUCUACCAUUAGUUAGACGAAAUACAGGUGUUCGCAAUGAACUCAAAAUUUUAGCAGCAUUAAAUUUUUAUGCGAAUGGAUCCUACCAACGGAAUGUAGGUGCAUCAUUUCUACUGAACAUGUCGCAACCAACAUUCAGUAAAUGUCUACAUGAGGUAACUGGUGCACUCAAUACCCGCGAAAUCCUUAGGAAGUACAUAAAGUUUCCUAUGACACAGCAUGAAAGGGAAAUAAUUAUGAAAGAUUUCAUGGAGAAAUUUGGAUUUCCAGGUGUUAUAGGUUGCAUUGAUGGUACACAUGUGGCUUUAAUCCGUCCUAAGGAGCAUGAAGAGGCCUAUUUUAAUAGAAAGAAUUACCAUUCUUUGAAUGUUUUACUAAUUUGUGAUGCUAAACUGACCAUCCUCCAUGUUGAUGCAUCAUUUGGUGGUGCAUCUCAUGAUUCAUAUGUUUGGAAUCAAUGUGUAAUAAAAGCAUUUUUAGAAGGAUUAGAAAGAAAUGGAGAGCGCCUUUGGCUGUUAGGUGAUUCUGGAUAUGCUCAACGCCCCUGGAUGAUGACUCCAAUCAUAGGUGCAGCUCCAGGAUCACCAGAAGAGUAUUAUACAGACCUUCAUUGUCGGGAUGGUGAUCUUGACAAUGACCAACAGCACCAACUUUGCAUACAGGGAAGGACUGAUGCCCCUCUAGAUGAAAGUAGGGUUAUAUUAAUUAAUAGGAUUUGGAAUGCUAGAAAUAUUUUG